GACAUAUAAAAUAAAUUACUUUUAAUUAACUAGUGGCAAUAAAAUAAAAUAAACUACUUUAUUAAUUAAUAAUAACUAGUGUUGAGAUUAUGAGACACAAAUAGACAUAGUCACAUACAUGUAUGUAUAAAUAGAGUGUGAUAGAGGCAGAGCAAUUCACAUUCAUUUCAUUAUUAUUCUAUAUACUCAUAAUACUCAUGGAUAAAGAAUUAUCAUCCACUACUCCGGCCGCCACUCACCGGAGCUCCGAUGAGGUCAGUUUUGCUGACACUGUUUUUGGGUUUUGGGAGGAAUUACAAGACUCGUCAGAAAAUUCAUCUAACUCCGGUAACGAUGUGGAAAUCAACGACGAUGAAGAUGAAGAAGAAGAAUAUGAUGUUAAUAACAUUUGCACUUUGGAAAAAGAUAAAUCAUUUUGGGAAGAACAAGAUCAACUUCUCAAGGCAACUUUGUGUAGAAGUAGCUCACGUGAAUCAAAGAUUAGGCAAGCUACAAAGGAGGCUAUGAGAGAAUUGAACAGGCCUGAGAUGCUAUGUUUGUGCCGGAGACCGGUGGUAGCAGAAUUUAUGAGCUGCCGUAAUUGUUUACGUAGAGAAAUAUGUGAUCAAUUGUCAAAUCUCGGCUUCAAUUCCACAAUUUGCAAAUCUAAAUGGCGAAGUUCAUCGGAGAUUCCAUCAGGGGAGCAUACUUAUUUGGAAGUGACUGAAAAUUCAUCAAACACAAAAAGAGGUGUAAUAAAAGUGAUUAUUGAAUUGAACUUUAGAGGUGAAUUUGAGAUGGCACGUGGUAACGAAGAAUACAAUCAGUUAGUUAAGCGAUUACCAGAAAUUUUUGUCGGAAAAGCAGAGAAGUUAAGAGUAUUGGUUAAGAUAAUGUGUUCAGCUGCUAAAAAAUGCAUGAAGGAGAAGAAAUUGCAUUUAGGGCCAUGGAGGAAACAAAAGUAUAUGCAAGCUAAGUGGGAUGGAAAAUGUGAUAGGUCAAUUUUGGAACCAAUAUUGCCUACAGUGUACUCAACUAGUAGGGCAACAAGACCUAAAGCUUCGAUGCUCACUUGUGAUUUAUUAUUAGAAAAUAUUGGGGGGCGUCAUUGUACUGCAGUUGAAGUUAUCUAAAUUAGAUGUUUCUUGUCUUUAAUUUUUAUGGGAUUUUGAAAAUCGUAGUAUUAAUUCUCUCGUUCUUAGAGGAAAUGAAUUUUGGUAUUUUAGAGUUUGACCGAGAAGUAAAAAUUGUUCUCAUCAGAAAUUGAACUCGGAUAAAAUCGUAGUAUUUAGUUAUUGUAAAAGUAUAUAGUGAACUAGUAAUAGACCCGUGCUAUCGCACGAGUCGUAACUUUAAGUUAUUAGUAAGAACUUAUGUCACAUAUGAUAAUUAUUUUAAAUUUUUUAUCA